ACUGGGCCCACGGCUCUGGGUCACAGCGGCCACUACCCGGCACCAUGAAGUCCAGCGGGCUCUUCCCCUUGGCCGUCAUCCUUGCCCUGGGGACCCUUCAGGUAUCCUGGGCUCAGAAAGCAAGCCAGAGACCAGGAACCUGCCCUCCUGACAACAUUCGCUGCAUCCAAGCAGAGGCUGACCAGUGCCAGGAUGACUCUAAUUGUCCAGGAAACCAGAAAUGUUGCCACUAUCAGUGCGGCAUGAAGUGCAAGGAUCCUCAGGGAACCACGGACUCUCAAAAAGUCAAAGCUGUGCAGGACCCUCUGGUCACGGUUUGGCCGGGCAUCACGGAUGGAAAGAAGGGCCAGUCCAAAGAUGUGGUAAAAAAGGGGAGCUGUCCCGUGGUGAACAUCCGCUGCGCCAUGCUCAAUCCUCCGAACCACUGCCUGAAGGAUUCCGAGUGUCCCGCCGAGAAGAAAUGCUGCGAGGGAGCCUGCGGGAAGGCCUGCGUCACCCCAGAAAACACACCCGCAGAUGUGGUAAAAAAGGGGAGCUGUCCCGUGGUGAACAUCCGCUGCGCCAUGCUCAACCCUCCAAACCGCUGCCUGAAGGAUUCCGAGUGUCCCGCCGAGAAGAAAUGCUGCGAGGGAGCCUGCGGGAAGGCCUGCGUCACCCCAGAAAACAGCAGCCAGAGACCAGGAACCUGCCCUCCUGACAACAUUCGCUGCAAACAAGCAGAGGCUGACCAGUGCAAGGACGACUCUAAAUGUCCAGGAAACCAGAAAUGUUGCCACUAUCAGUGCGGCAUGAAGUGCAGGGAUCCUCAGGGAACCAAGGACUCUCAAAAAGUCAAAGCUGUGCAGGACCCUCUGGUCACGGUUUGGCCGGGCGUCAAGGAUGGAAAGAAGGGCCAGUCCAAAGAUGUGGUAAAAAAGGGGAGCUGUCCCGUGGUGAACAUCCGCUGUCACAUGCUCAACCCUCCGAACCGCUGCCUGAAGGAUUCCGAGUGUCCCGCCGAGAAGAAAUGCUGUGAGGGAGCCUGCGGGAAGGCCUGCGUCACCCCAGAAAACAAUGUGGUAAAAAAGGGGAGCUGUCCGGUGGUGAACAUCCGCUGCGCCAUGCUCAACCCUCCGAACCGCUGCCUGACGGAUUCCGAGUGUCCCGCUGAGAAGAAAUGCUGUGAGGGAGGCUGCGGGAAGGACUGUGUCACCCCAGAAAAAAACUGAGCUCCACAUUGCAACCGAGAUGGCCCCAUUUCUAAGGUUCAACUGGACUCCUGCCCGGCUCCCCGCCACGGCCCAGGACCACCCCCCUCUGCCUCUCUGUGACUUUUGAGGGGUGGGCGAGUUGGGGAGGGGUCUUACCCUUGACCCUAUUGCUGCUGCUGGAGUAACCGCUCCCUCUAUCUGGAACCAAUAAAUAAACCCCAUCUCCUCCCAGCCCCA